UUGACAUACCCUACAGCUGGCGGAGGCAGAUUAGCCACACAAAGUGAACGGAGCGAAGAAAGUGAUGAAGGCUCGAUGUAGAGGGGUUUAAAGAAGGCUAAAGUAUAGUUUUAUUAUUUUUAACGAGUCAGUGGCACACCAAAGACACAGACAAAAUGCUCUGCCACGUUACUCGUCCGGACUCGGUGGUGAUGGAAGUGCAAGUUGAUGCGAAGGCGAACGGUGAAGAUUGUUUGAACAAGGUUUGCAGAAAGUUGGGCAUUAUUGAAGUGGACUACUUUGGGCUGCAAUUCACAGGCGGUAAAGGGGAGAACCUGUGGCUGAAUCUGAGGAAUCGCAUCUGCCAGCAGAUGGACAACGUGACGCCCUGCCGGCUCAGACUGCGAGUCAAGUUCUUUGUUGAGCCCCAUCUCAUUCUGCAGGAACAGACGAGACACCUCUUCUUCAUGCAUGUGAAGGAGGACCUCCACAACGGUCACCUCCACAUGGGCUCAGAACAAGCAGAGGAGCUGAGUGCUCUCCUGGCGCAGGCAGAGUUUGGUGACUACAACCAAAACACGGCCCAGUACUGGUAUUCAGAGCUGUGUGGAGAGGAGCCCAGCACCUCCACACUCAACAGUAUCAUUUGCAGACACAAAGCUCUGGAAGGUGUGAGCCAGGCCUCGGUGGAGUACCAGGCGCUGCAGCUGGUCUCCUCUCUGGAGCAUUACGGCGUGGAGUGGCACUGGGCUCGCGAUGCUAAUGGUCAGAGGCUGGCCAUCGGAGUCGGCCCCGAGGGGAUCGCCAUAUGCAAGGAGGAUUUCACUUUAGUCAACAGAAUAAGCUAUCCCAUCAUCCAGAUUGCCACUCAAUCGGGGAAAAGUGUCUAUCUGACGGUCACCAAGGACACGAAUGACAGCGUGGUUCUUUUGUUCAAGCUGAUCAGUAACCGGGCAGCGAGUGGUCUGUACCGAGCCAUCACAGAGACCCACGCCUUCUACAGGUGUGACACCGUUACCAACGCAGUGAUGAUGCAGUACAGCAGAGACUUUAAGGGCCACUUGGCUUCCCUUUUCCUCAACGAAAACAUAAAUGUGGGCAAAAAGUAUGUCUUCGACAUCAGGCGUACCUCCAAGGAGGUGUACGACCACGCACGCCGCGCGCUCUACAAUUCCGGCGUCGUGGACUUGGUGCAACGCUCUGAAAGCGGGGAGCGCUCUCCUCCCUUGCACUCCCCGAAUCGAGACAACCAGCAGGACAAGGAGGAGCUGGACUGCAGCAGCUGCCAGCAGAGCCGGGCCCUGCAGGAGCGGCUGCAGAAGCUCAGAGAGGCUCUGUUGUGCAUGCUGUGCUGCGAGGAGGAGAUCGACGCCGCGUUCUGCCCCUGCGGUCACAUGGUGUGCUGCCAGAGCUGCGCAAACCAGCUGCAGUUGUGUCCCGUGUGUCGGUCGGACGUGGAGCAUGUGCAGCACGUCUACCUGCCCACCUGCACCAGCCUCCUGAGCCUGACGCUGAACGACAACCAUCAGCUCCGCAGCAGCAGCAUCCCCGCACCCAUCCACAGAGACCCGGCCUCGCCUCACAGCUGCUCCAACUCCGACUACGAACACAAGCUCUACCACACAUAAAGACGGACAACUUUCCACACCGUGAAGCUACUUGACGUUAUACUUUUUGUCUAGAAACUCCUAAUCAAGAUCAAC